AUGCGGGCCUUCUCCACCCCUUCAGCCUUGCUGGCAUCUGCCUCAAUUGCAUCCGCACAGUGGGGAUCUUGGGGCGGUCACAGUGGGAACAACGGUCAAUGGGGACAUCCAUGGGCCAAUGGUGGCCGUCCAGGAAAGCCGUGGCAGCAUCAACCAGGAGGCGAGCAAUGCACUGAGCUCACGGCAGAUCAGAUUACCUCGUCGGGCAAUAACACGCUCUUCACAAGAUGGAGACCACAAAGCCACUUCCUGGCUCCCGCAGGCUGGAUGAACGAUCCAUGCGGCGCAGUCUACGACCCUGUCCGAGACGAAUACCACCUCUCCUACCAAUGGCACCCAGAGCACUACAACUGGGGCAACAUCAGCUGGGGAAGCGCAACGAGCAAGGACUUGAUCACAUGGACUGAUCAUGGAAGUUGGCAGGGCGCAGACGCAGAAAUACUCGGCCCAACAGGCAACGGAACACACAAUGGCCUGGGCAUCUUCUCAGGAACAGCACAGCCAGUGAACCUUCAAGGCGAAGUUAAUGGAGACCUGCUCAUCUUCUACACCUCGGUCAGCUACCUGCCCACGAACUGGCAGUCACACUAUGAACCGUAUACGGAGACGCAGAGCCUUGCUAUUAGCAAAGAUGGUGGUGAGACGUGGCAGGAGUACGAUGGCAACCCAGUCAUCAAGGCUACGACUGAGACUGCUCCCAUGCACUGGAAUCUCACUGGCUUCCGCGAUCCUUUCUUUGAGCCUAUUCCAGAGCUCGAUGUCAUCCUGGGCGUCUCUGAGCCACACUAUUAUUCGGUCUUUGGAUCUGGCAUUAAGGGAGUGGGACCACGAAUGCCACUAUGGAGUGCUCCGUCGAGCGAUCUGACCAACUGGACAUUCCUUGGUUCUCUUUGGGAGCCAGCAAAGAACACCUCCCUCGGACCUGUUCUCUCGACCGGCUCGUACGGCUUCAACUUCGAAGUCUCCGGGUUCUUCCCUCUUCCCGACAGCAAGGACAACAAGCACUGGUUCGUCAACAUGGGCACCGAGGGCGGCAACGUUUCGUUCCACCAGUCCGCACAAUGGUCUCUCUGGAACGGAGGAAGCAUCACUCGUCGUGAGAAUGGAAGCGCUGAGUUCACGCCUACAUACGGCGGAGCUGGAGAUUGGGGCGUUGGCUAUGCUCUCACCAGCUUCAACGAUACGAAGAACAACAGGCGCGUGCAGUAUGCUUGGCUCAAGGAGGACUACGUUGGGGACGGCGGCCUCUUCGGUGUCCGGCAGCAGGGCUUCCAGGGUGCUCUGUCUCUGCCUCGGGAGCUCUUUGUCCAUGAAGUCGAGAAUGUCGAUGUUACAGACGAGCUCACCGAGUCCAAGAGCGCGGCCAUCGAAGACGGCGUAGCACGGUCCCUGGGUGUUCGUCCACUCUCAGAUGUCGUCGAAGGUCUCCGUGAAGGCUCCCACCACAAGUCGUACAGCCAGUGCACAGAAAGCUCGUCCAAACUCCUCGAGCAGCAAGGCUCGUCACACAUGGAACUCAAGGCGACCAUCACCUCCGCCACAGGUGCCGCGGGUCUUCGCUUCGCUGCCUCUCCUGACGGCGAAGAAUACACGACCGUCAUCUACGAGCCCUCAAACCACACGAUCCUCGUCGAGCGUCUGCACAGCAGCAAGAUCGCCGAGUUCAACAACGCUACCAUCACUGGAUAUUUCUAUCCAUACACUGUUAACGGCAAGACCGAGUCUAUCACCAUCGACAUCUUCCUCGACGGUUCAAUCGCCGAAAUCUACGUCAACGAGCGCUUCGCACUAACUGCUAGAAUCUACCCAUCCAAGUCCUGCAGCACGGGCUUCGGAUUGUACGUCGCUGACGGUUCGGAGGCAACAUUCGAGAACGUAGAGGCUUGGGUCGGAACGAAGAACGUCUGGCCUGAGAGACCUCUCAACAGCAGCUCGCAGCUGGUGUGGGAUACUGCGGAAGAGACGAACAAUUAUACAUGGUGGUCAGGGAACUAG